AGGGACCCCAAGAGCUUCCUCUUCCGCCUCUGCCAGGCCGACCCGGACCUCGACUCCGACAAGGAUGAAGCAGGUGCCUAUUUAAUAGACAGAGAUCCAACCUAUUUUGGACCAGUGCUGAACUAUCUCCGACAUGGGAAACUGGUUAUCAAUAAAGACCUUGCAGAGGAAGGUGUUCUUGAAGAAGCUGAAUUCUAUAACAUCACAUCCUUAAUCAAACUGGUGAAGGACAAAAUAAGGGAAAGAGACAGUAAAAUCUCACAGGUGCCAGUCAAGCAUGUUUACAGAGUGCUACAGUGCCAGGAAGAGGAGUUGACUCAGAUGGUCUCAACCAUGUCUGAUGGCUGGAAAUUUGAACAGACCCCUAAGCCGAAGUGGUCAGUGGGAAUUGGCGAUGUAGUAGGGGAGGCUCAAGAUCCGAAGGGAAAGAGAGAGCUGGAGCCCGAAGUUGCCGUAUUGGGGGUUCGUAUGGAUAAAGUGGAAGCCAAGUUUGAUUCCAUGAUGGAUGAACUGAAGUCAUUGAAAAGGAUGCUAGGGAAAGUACUGGGCAGCCGAGACCAAGACUGCCAAUCCAGGGAUUCCGAAACGACUUCUGGAGACAGUGAGGAG